UAUAGAACUGAGUUCAGUUCCUGAAUGUGGCUUUAAUCAUCUGCAGGAAUUUGUGUCCUCUCUUCAGAUCUAAUAUGGUUGCGGCCGGUUAACUGCUUAGGCUACCGUCAGGAAAAGGAGACAGACAUUCUGAGCUUUCGCAUAUCCUCUCAGCUAUGGCAUUUUUGUCACGGUUCUGGAAUUUGCAGAUUUGCAGGAGGUCAGGUCCGUGUCGUCAUUUCCAUUUAUUAGCGUGUCGGUUUGCACCUCUCUCAACCAGUUCCACGCCAGCCGCGAAGCCCGAAACGGAGUCUGUGGAAAAUGAAGCUGUUGCCCCAGAGUUCACCAACCGAAACCCUCGUAAUCUGGAGCUCUUAGGUGUGGCAAGGAAAGAGCGGGGUUGGGGGACAGUGUGGCCUUCCCGAGAAUUCUGGCACAGGUUGCGCGUUAUAAGGACUCAGCAUCAUGUAGAGGCGCUUGUUGAGCAUUGGAAUGGCCGGGUUGUGGUGUCAGCAUCCACUCGUGAGUGGGCUAUUAAAAAGCACCUUUACAGUACCAGAAAUGUGGUGGCUUGUGAGAGUGUAGGACGAGUGCUGGCACAGCGGUGCUUAGAAGCAGGAAUCAACUUCAUGGUCUACCAGCCAACCCCUUGGGAAGCAGCCUCAGACUCGAUGAAAUGCCUACAAAGUGCCAUGACAGAAGGUGGUGUGGUCCUACAGGAACCUCGAAGAAUCUAUGAAUGAAAUAGAGGCAUUAAUUGUUUGUGUAAAUAUAAAACUAUUGGCUACUGUGGCCAUCAAAAGAAAGCAUCUGGAGGAAAAAGCAGCCUGGAAGUUCUAUACCAUAAUGUAACAGUGGAAGAUUAUUUGUAGUUAAGUUUGGUGUGUGUGUGUAUAUGUGGUUCUAUUUUUUAAUCAAGGGCUAAAUUCUUUCCCUUUUUUUGGACAUGAAAGAAAUAUCUAAGGAAAGGAUCACAAUUAUAACUUUCGAAGGCCGAAUUAAAAUUUAUAAGUUACAAAAUAAAGACAUAAUAACUUA